AUGUUGAAACUGAACUCCCAAAGUUGCCCUUGCAUUCCAUUUUCUAAUAAAAUUCGGGUUGCGCCUCUGAUUAGGGUAUGCCAAGAUGAUGACUUUGAUUCAAAUAUGGAUACCUCGUGCUCAGGAUGUGGUAUUCCGAAGCUUAUAAAUUUAAUUAGCCUUAUGAUGGAUAUUUCGUUUCAAUUCAUCUCGCGCCACCUACGCUUCCCAUUCUUGCGACAGCUCUCCAAUCAUUUUCCCCUCUUUUUACUUGAGGAUCCAAGCAGGAAAAUAAGUGAAGAUCAUGCGUAAGUAUAGGAGAGUUUGUCGUUGAAAGAUGGCAGUCAAUCUUGGGAAGCCACUGAUGGAUGAUUUCCACUUUUAUUAGUAAAAAACAUGAAGAAUGUGGUUCAAUCCAAUGUUUUAGUAAAUUUAAUGAAUGCUUAUAUGUAAAUGUUGUACGUUUAUACCAUCAAAGUAAACAAGGUUACGUUUCAAUUUGACUAUUUUUGUUAAUUUUUUUAAACACGUACCAUUUUUUUGUUUUUUAUACAAGGACCAUUUUUGUUAAAAAAAAUUUUAAAUAGGGAUCAUUUAUGUUAAUAAUUUUUUUUGGUUUUUUUGUCACCUGUAUGGUGUGUAUUGCAUGAAAGGGUAACAUACUUUGAUUUUAUUGUUUGGUUUUCUUUCACUUGUAUGGUUUUUUUCCGUGAGAACAAUGUAUUUCUUUUUGGGUUUCAUGUCACCUGGUAUGAUUUUGUACGUGAAAGG